AUGGCUCACAUUUCUGAAAAACAACCUCAGGCUGAUCCGACCCUAUUUCCUUCAUCCACCCGCAACCCGAUCCGCGGUGUUUGGGAACUAGCCCGUUUGCACACUCGCGAAGCUUGGCUAUGCUGGUAUCCAUGUAUCUGGGGAGCCUGUGCAGCCGCCGGGACAUAUGAUGCGUCUAUUGGGUUGGGCGCGUUGGGUCAAAUGCUCUUUGGGAUUUGGGCCAGUGUAACUGCUGCCCAUUGUACAUUUUGCACUUGGAAUGGCAUUCUGGAUCAAGGAUUCGACAAAGAUGUAGAGCGAUGCAAAGUCCGCCCUUUACUCGCAGGCCUCAUUUCCACCACCGAAGCAGUGCUGGCAUUUCUAUGCUGGGUCCCCGGCACGUUGGCCCUCACACAUGCCACACUCGGAGGGACUGUCUUACUCAGCUUCAUGCCCGUGUGGGCCCUCAGCCUCAUCUACCCCUUGAUGAAACGCCUCUUCCCCUUUCCCCAAGUCGUGCUGGGAGUCAUUAUCGGUGGAGCUGUCUUUCCAGGCUGGGUCUGCGUCACCCACACACUCGACAACCUCGACUCCGCUCUACCGUUAUUCUUUGCAACAGCCGCAUGGGUGAUCUACUUUGACAUCUUCUACGCUACCCAAGACCGACCUGACGACGUCAAGAUCGGAGUCGAGUCACUGGCGGUUCUGAUGGGCAGGCACGUACGUAUCCUCCUUUCAGCCCUGGGAGCCCUGCAAAUAGGGCUUUUUAUACUGGCCAGCCUGCGUGCGAAUCUGUCGCCGGUUUUCUGGCUGCUGGGUCUUGGGCCGUGGAUUGUCAAUGUGCCUCUUCAUGUUCUCUCGUUGGAUUUGGAGGAUCGUCAUUCUGGGGGUGCUAUUUUCAUGGCGAAUAUCAAGCUCGGGUUAUACUUGAGUGUCGUGUCUCUGGUUGAGAUUGUGAUUCAUCAUAUUCCUCUCGGCCGUCUUGACAAAAUCCAUCCUUCUCUCACUGUGGCCGGGAAAACCGCCAUCAUCACCGGCGGCAACACGGGAAUCGGCUACGAAGUCGCUCGCCAGCUCCUCCUUCUGAAAUCAUCACGCGUCGUCAUCACCGUCCGAUCAACCAGCAAAGGUCAAGAAGCCGUCGCCUCACUGCGCGCCCACCCGGAAGUGAAAAGGGUCAACCCAAACGCCACGAUCGAAUUAUUCCAUCUCGAUCUCGACGAUUUUCAAUCCGGCGUGGAGUUUGCAAAAAGUGUCCGCACCGAGGUCCCUGAGUUGCAUCUUCUCAUCUGCAACGGUGGUGUCAAUCUGAUGAGUUACGAAACUAGCAAGAGUGGCCAUGAACGUGUCAUGCAGGUCAACUGCUAUACUCAUUUCUUGGUUACAUUGGAACUCCUCCCUCUUCCUCGCGCAACGGCACCUCUACCCGAUGCCGAGACUGUGAUCGAACACUACGAUAAUAAACAGACGUACAGCGGGCUACAGCGGUACGCGGAUAGCAAAUUCGUCGUGCAUGCGUUUGUACAACGACUAGCAAGCAUCGUUCCAUCUUUGGAGCUUCUCAUCAACGAUCCCUGUCCUGGUUUGGUGGCUACCAAAUUCGACCGUGGACUGCCGUUAUGGUUGAAGCCGAUUAUGUUCGUGUUGAGGAAGUCGAUAGCGAGGACGGUGGCUGAGGGGGCAAGGGCGAUUAUCUAUGCCGCUGUUGUUGCCGGGCAGGAGACGCAUGGAAAGUUUUUGCAGAGUAACAAGGUGGAUCCCGGCGCAACCAUCUUCCAGGAGAAAGCCGGACAGACCUUUGUGGAGAGAUUGUGGAAGGACACUUGCACGGAGGCUAGCCAGUAUGACGCCGAGUUGCAGAGCUUUGUUUGA